CUCGGGAUCGGCAUUCAACUUAUACCAGGGUCACCGAAAAUAGGCCUAGACGAAAAUGGCGAAAAUGACUACGGGACUCACAACGCUCCUAAGAAGCAGAAAUUUGUCUUCUGCAAAGAAAUCAUUUUUGCAUACUACAUCGAUUUUAGGUGCAAAGAAUCCCAAAGUUGCAUUGAUAUUUUCAGGCUGUGGUGUGUAUGAUGGUACAGAAAUUCAUGAAGCAUCCUCAGCUAUGGUGCAUCUUAGCCGACAUGAAGCAGAAGUGGGAAUAUUUGCUCCAAACAUGGAACAGAUGCACGCUAUUGAUCACACGAAAGGCGAGCCCAUGUCAGUGAACAGAAAUGUUUUGGUGGAGUCUGCACGAAUUGCCAGAGGAAAAAUAGAAGAUCUGAAAGACCUUAAUGUGAAGGACUAUGAUGCUGUUAUUUUUCCUGGGGGAUUUGGUGCUGCAAAGAAUUUGAGUAAUUUUGCUGUUGAAGGAGACAAAAUGGCAGUGCAGCCAGCAGUGGACAAAGUAAUCAAGGAUUUCCACUCUGCAAAGAAACCCAUCGGUUUGUGUUGCAUUUCCCCAGUUUUAGCAGCUAAGACUAUUCCCGGUUGUACUGUAACAGUGGGACAAGACACGGACACUGACGGGAAAUGGCCGUACGCUGGCACUGCGGGGGCGUGUCAAAGCAUGGGCGCCAAGCAUGUCAACAGAGACGUGGGCGAGAUAAAUGUUGAUUCCGACAACAAGAUUGUGACUACCCCAGCCUUUAUGUGUGAGACGGCUGUACACAAGGUGUUCGAUGGAGUGGGCAAAAUGGUGGAAGCCGUGUUGAAACUCUGCAAGUCGUGAACAUCACACAAACUAUGACGCUGUUGAUACUUUAUCACCCAAGCAUAAACAGUACACGUGCAUGGAUUGAGAUUAGUAAACCAAUAAAAAUGUAUUUUUUCAUUUGUGUGCAACUGGAGAAUAUUCAAGGAUAUUAAAGUUUGACCUUGGUGAAUGCCUAACCUGUGGUCAUUUUUCUCAUUAUC